AUGCCCCGGGACAACAUGGCGUCCCUGAUCCAGCGGGUGGCGCGGCAGGCGCGGAUCACGUUCCGCAGCCCGGCCGGGCCGGCCUUCGGCGAGAACCUGCACCGGCUGCAGCAGCUGCUGGACGAGGUGCGCGCCGAGGACUUGCACUUGGCGCCGCGGGGGCCGUCGGCAGCGGCGGCGGCGCCGGGCGGGGGGUUCCUGAGGGCAGGCGCGGUGCCGCCCGUCAGCUACAUGCACAUCUGCGAGACGGAGAGCUUCAGCAUGGGCGUGUUCCUGCUGCGGAGCGGCGCCUGCAUCCCGCUGCACGACCACCCGGGCAUGAACGGCUUGCUGAAGGUGCUCUACGGCACGCUGCGCAUCGCCUGCAUGGACACGCUGCCCCCCGCCGCCGCCGCCCCGCCGCCCGCCGCCGGGCCCUGCCACCGCGCCCUGUUCCGCUCCCGCCAGCAGUACACGCCGGCCUCCCCGCCCUGCCUGCUCUCGCCGCAAACCGACAACCUCCACCAGAUCGACGCCGUGGACGGGCCCGCCGCCUUCCUCGACAUCCUGGCGCCGCCCUACGACCCCCAGCACGGCCGGGACUGCCACUACUACCGCCUGCUGGAGGGGUCGCCGGCGGGCGCCGAGCCGCCCGGGCUGCCGCGGGAGGUGUGGCUGAUGGAGACCCCACAGGCCGCCGACUUCUGGUGCGGAGGCGAGCCCUACCCCGGGCCCCGCGUCAGCCUCUGAGCCGGCGGCGGCCCGGGCCCGGCCGAUGGGACGGUUGGCGCGAGUUCGCGGCCUCCCCGCGCCGCCGGGCCCGCCUCACGGAGCCGCGCCUGGCCCGUCCCCGGCGGGCAGCACCGCCCGAACCACGGCUGCGCUCAGCCCGUGUCCCGCUCCCGGCCGGCGGGACCGCGGCUGCUGGCCGGGGCUGCUCGGGAGCGCCGCGGGUCAAAGCCUUCCUGCUCCUGGCCUGCCGGAGCCGGGGGCAGUAAACGCCAGAGCGUGUUUAUUUCUUUGGGCUGAUGCGGAGGAGCGGCACGGUGAAGUGCUGAUCAGCUGAACGGUUGGGGGGAAAAUCAUCCCGCAUCCUGUGUAAAUAGUUAGGGCUGCAUGUCAGCGAGGGAGAUUGGGUUCCAUCAAGGAGACUCAAUGCAAUAAGAGUUGUCCUGGGGUGCCCCAGGCUCCCCCCGGCAGAGCCAGCUGGUGCCCCUGAGCCGGCAGAGCACGCCCACCCAGCCUGGGCAGGGGCUGGGCAGGCUGCGGCCUUUGGGGACUCUGUCUCCAGAGCGAGUCUCAGCAAGAGCUGUACCCUGCCAGCAAAAAACAAACCCAGAACAACGCCUGAGCCAGGACAUGUUCCUCCAGUAAACACCGGUGGUCCCCAGGGCUGUAGUUAGGGGAAUUCCUGCUCCGAAGGGACACUGUCAGGUUCAGAAUUUCUAACAGUUCCUUAAAGCGUUGCCUAUAAGAUCUCACUAUUGCAACUAAGAACUGCAGAGUACGUCUAUGCAUAUUUCCUUCAACUAGGAGAAGGAGACUAGUCAGCUGCUAAUUAACCUCGUUUGGAACCUCAUGCGGCAGCGGCGAAGGGUAUCAACUGUGGGCAUCUUAAGAGAAAAACCAACCAUCCACUGUUGUGUCAUGGAAGCUAUUUCAGAAAUGUGACGUAUUUGCAAACUGUACAUACAGCAGCGUGCAUACCCUACGUACAGAUAAGAUUUGACCUGAUGUCUUCUCUUUAAAGCGUGGUCUGUGUUUUUAUAUGGACAAGUGAACACUUCAGGCUUGUAAAGCCUUGCGGUUUCCCUCUUUAUACUAUUUAUAAAAACUACUUUUUCAUAAGGCUUUUAAAUAAACGUAGGAUAGAAGAGACACCCUGAAUUUUGCCUUGCUAUGAUGGAAGCAGUUUGGAUAUGCAGUUUGUCCACGGCAGGAGAUGCAAUCUUUCUAACGAGGGAGGAACUAUUUCUAUAGGUGAAAUACUCCGUCUACACUACAGGGACUGGUCUCGUGCCCAUUCAUCCUAACGCACGCUUCAUACCACAAACCCAGGCCUGGGCAGCCUUGGCCCUCUUGGUCUCGAUUUGGGAAUUUGAAUAAGAAAGCGCGACUUACCAGCCUCCUGAGUGAUGUACCGACCUGCUCCAGAAAUCAUUCCACAACUGGCUUUAAUUUUUCUUUGUGUAUUUAUAAAAGCAGACUUGUUUUUCCUGAACAGUGGCUUGUAUGUGUGAAUUUUUAAAGGUUUCUGAUACAGCAUUGCUUUUUUAUUUUUUUUGGCCUGCGAAAGAAUGAAUGUAAAAUACAGUCAGCAUUAUGCAUGCACAGAUUAAUACUUUUGCAAGGAAAAAAAUUGUGGAAAUUAUUUCAGGCAAUUUCCAUUUAUUCUUACAUCACUUUAAAGUGUCUGAUAUUUCUGCAGCUGGCUUACCUGUUUUUCCUGGAAUUCCCCUGCAGCUAAGUGUUAAUGUACAACAACUCUCUAUCGAACGUAGUCAUUAACUAUAACGCAAUGCCUCCCUGUGUUACAGUCUGUUUCCAGCUCUCUCCGAUGCUAAUGAAGACCAUCAUGCUUUUUCAGAAGCCCACGAAGAAGAUAGCCCGGUGCAUGCAAACAGCUGUACUGGAAAAACAAACUGUGACAGAGACCUUUUUUUAAUCUCAUCUGCUUUAUCCUCCCCGUAGGUCUUUCUGCUUGAUUUUUAAUUUUUUUUCUCCAUAUGUAAAAUCUAGUUGAGAUGUUUAAUGGGAUAGGACUUCAAUGCAUCUUUCUGUAGAGGACGGCGUGGUCCCUUACACUGUGGAGUGCUGUUAACAAUCAUGGCAAACCUUUUCCUUUUUUUUUUAAUAAAGUUGUUAGAAUCAAAGUCUUAGCGCUGGGAAAAUAGCAAAGAAAACCUGAGAUGCAUUGAAGAAAAGCUUCUUUGUGUAACUUCUUGCUUACUCAGUAAUUGAAACUUCUUUCAUAUGUUCUGGAUAUCUGUGAGCAGAAGGUUUGAGUCUGUAAUGCCGUUCCUUCUCUCUGCGGUCUGGUUAUUGUGUUUUCACAACAGCAAAAUUACUGUUAUUGCUGAAUUAUAGAAUAAAUACAAGAUAUCUCA